AAGUGGCACAGGAGUUGAACUGUGUUUCAUAGAACAUACUUCCGGCUUUCGCUUUUGACAGUAGUCUUUGUCUUGCCAAUUUCAAUUUCUAAAUGUAAAUAUGUGUCCUGUUGAUGAUUUUGGUUGGGUGCAGUGCGGCGGUGUGUUGUGUGUAAAGCGAACUCGUUGGUCAAUGUUAGUGUUGGGUACUUGUAGUAGUUUUUCAUUUUGAAAUCAUUAUCGAGACAAAAAUGUCGUACGGCAAGACUGCUUCCGGGUUGCAGUGCGCUUGGGGUAGCAAGCUGGAUACUGCGGUACCGCGUCCAAAAAUGCCAAAAUGCGCACUACCGCCAGAUGUUCGCGCCAAGAUGGGUUUAUCGGUGCAUGCCCGAGAGGAGGCAAAGGAGACCAAAAGCUACUUUGCGAGCGGUACCAGCUCUACCCUGGUUCACCUCUACUUGCUUAUUUCACAAAAAAUCAUGGCAGAAUUCUUGUCUUCAGUACGAUGGUUUUCUGCACGUUUGGAUGUGUUUUUUUUUGUGCUGUCUCCAUCUGGAAAACACGAAGUGCAGCGGCCCGUUGCCAACGGGCAAAAAUAAGAGAAAGAGCGCAUACGAAAUUAUCAAAAAAAGAACCUCCGUAGCAAUCCAAGCUGAGAAAUUAAUCACAAACACAAAGGUUCCGGAGUGCUUGAACAGAGGGGCGCAGCGACCGAUGGCUACUCGGCGGGAAAUCAGAAGCAUUUCCUGAAACGGCGAUCAGGUGCAACUACAUCGAUUUUCUUUUCCACAAGUGAAAAAUUGGCUUGAUGAAGAUAUCAACGAAUGAAUCUUUCGAAAAUAAAACACGAUGACGUUAUCAAGAUCACAUCACAAAAAAAAGGUGCGCACAUGAGCGAAAGGACGAGAAGCAAUCGCGUUUAUUCAAUGACUGGCGACGCACUGGUGACUGCAACCGGAAGGAGUGUUUCGCACAGUCGCUUCAAAUAUGGCAGUGUCAGGCGGAAAAUUGUCGAAGAAAUAGGAUUUGCAUUCAUACAUAUAAACGUGCAUCAUUCAAGUAGUAUGGUAUAGUACUGCACGGCCCAAUGGCAAUGCCAAAAGCAAAUCAACGUGCGUCGAUGCUUCGAUUCGUGGACGAAUUUGAACGGAUACUCAUGCAUUCGUCGAUUUCCUGUCUGAAACUCCCAUACCAGGACGUCUGGGCAUACGGCCACCUCUACGCGGUGA